AUGCCACUGGAUGAGGAGUGGCGAUGCAGGAAAUUUAAGAAUGGCCUCCGCGGAGAUCUUCGUCUGAUGGUGGCCCUGCUUUCCAUCAAGGACUUUGCAGCCUUGGUGGAGAAGGCUAGGGUCAUGGAGAAGAUGAAGGUGGAGCAGAGCAGGAUUCAGUGCUACCAGUGUGAGGGACCACAAAAGAGGAAUGUUUGCCAACAGCUUGCAGGCUUCAAGAGGUGCAACAACUGUGGCAAGGAGGACCACUUUGGGAGGGAUUGUCCCACCCUUGCUAGGGCAGUGACGCGACCUCCAGUACAGACUCCUACGCAGAACCAACAGAGGAGGGGAGGCACCAGGCCUCAGGCGUCGGGCAAAGUUUAUGCCAUGUCAGGAGCGGAAGCAACGGGUUCAGGUAACCUUGUUAUAGGCCAUUGUUUGAUAGCUGGGAAAGCUUGUUGUUGUGAACUUGUGGUGUCUACUCCAGCAUCGGGUUUGGUCAGGACGUCGUCCUUGUGCGCUAGGUGUCCGGUGGAGGAAGAAGGACUGAUGUACAAAGUGAAUCUGAUUUACCUACCUCUACAAGAGUUGGAAGUGAUCUUAGGGAUGGAUUGGUUCUUUGCCAAUCGCAUCGUUAUAGACUGCCAAGAGAAGAGGUUGUUGUUUCCCAACUCAGAGGAGCCUGAGUUGAUAUCAUCCCAGGGAGUCGUGAAGGAGAUUCAGAGGGGCGCGCAGUCCUUCAUAAUUUUCACUCGUCUGGAAGUGGAGAAGGAGGAAGAGGCAUCAAUCAUACCAGUAGUACACGAGUUUAAGGAUGUAUUCCCAGAGGAGGUACCAGGGUUGCCUCCUAAUAGAGAGGUGGAGUUCUCUAUAGACCUAGUACCAGGAACCGGGCCAGUGUCGAUGGCUCCAUACCGUAUGGCUCCGGCAGAGUUGGUGGAACUCAAGAAGCAGAUAGAGGAUUUACUGGGGAAGUAG